AGAUAAUCUUCAAAAUAAGAAGGAUCAUGGUUUUUUUUCCUUCCAAAUUGGAAGGCUAGAAUCCUUGGAAAAUAACCUGUGUGAGAAAUCCAUGGAGAGACCAUCAGUCUUUGGAAUGUGUGAGUUCUACACAUCUAUAGAUAGAGCCCUGCAGAUAUAAAGUUUUGUAUCUGCAUCAGCAACUAUGUCUGCAAAAAUGAGUUGUGGAUAUCCACAAUGAAACUCCCAGAUAUGGCUAUCUGUAGAUAUAAAGUGGGUAUCUGCAAAUUUACAGGGUUCUAGAUACAAAAUUUGUAUCUGCUUUGGCAUACAUACCUGCAAAAAUGAGCCACAGAUAUCUGCAUUCACAUCUGCAGAUGCGGAUGUCCAUAGAUAUAAAGCAAAUAUCCGUGGACUUGCAGGGCUCGAUCCAUAAAUUUGCAUUGUCUUUUGCUGUGUUGCUAUGUACAAUAGCUAAUUAAUAAUCCCCACCAGCGGAUAUCAGCAUAGUGUAAAUAAAGGAACCAAAGUGCAAACCUCUAACAUGAGUUAAAAGAACACCAUUAGCUGAUAGCAGUAGUAGGCUGUCACAACCUAUGAAGGCUAAUUUCUGAAAGGUGACUUGAUGUAGGUUUUAUAUAUUACUAACUGAAAACUUCAGGAUUGAUAAAGCCUAAUAUAUUCCAUGAAUUUCUACAGGUCUUCCUUGUAGAGAAAGCAGGGAGACGUUCCCUGUUUAUUGCUGGCUUGGCUGGUAUGCUAGUAAGUGCCAUAGCCAUGACAGUUGGACUUGUUCUCCUGACCACUUUUGCUUGGAUGAGCUACGUGAGCAUGGUCGCAAUUUUUCUCUUUGUAAUUUUCUUUGAAGUUGGGCCUGGACCAAUCCCUUGGUUUAUUGUUGCUGAACUGUUCAGUCAAGGACCACGGCCUGCAGCUAUAGCCAUAGCUGGGUUCUGCAACUGGACCUGCAACUUCAUCAUUGGAAUGUGUUUCCAGUAUAUCGCAGAUCUGUGUGGCUCUUAUGUGUUUAUGAUCUUCGCCGUACUGCUCUUAGGCUUCAUUUUAUUCACACACUUUAAAGUACCUGAAACAAAAGGAAAAUCUUUUGAAGAGAUUUCUGCUGAAUUCCGCCACAAGAAGCGCUCAGCAAUAAAAGGACCCAAAGCUGCUACUGAACUGGAAGAUUUGCGAAGCAGCCAGGAGGUAUAAAGAAACCGCAGAAUGUGUGCAUGAAGGAAAUUAAGGAACAUAUUUUUAAAUGCAGCUGAAAGAACCUUCGGCAAAAGCAUGAUUUUAUAAAAACCCUACAACUGAAAAGACAAUAGGUCAAAUCAAUAUCAUGCUUCUGACUGAUAUGCCGGAUAGUGCAUAUAUCCUAUGCCCCUGUUACACCCAAGGCUCCACCCCUUCCAGGAAUAGGAGCAGACCCCCACCCAUCUGCGGGCUCAAGGGCUAUCAGCAUCCCUGAGUAAGGUGUGGCAGUUUUCCCAUUUGAAUGUGUUAGAAUUAAACCCAGCUUGUUUUCUUUGGUAUUUACUGGCACAAAUACUAUCUGGUCCUACACAAGUAUUAUUAGAAUCUGUUACAUUCUAAGGGCUCAGUGUACCUUGGUAGUAUCCUAAAAAGACACAGGAAAGAAUGAAAGGAAUAGAUACAGAUAGGCUUCCAGAGUGCAUUGCAUUGAUUCAUUUACAGCAACAAUUUUCUUUUGAUGGAAGCCAACAUAGGCUUAUUAAGACCAAAAUGCAGAAGGGAUAAAAGAAAGAAAAGAGGUGCUGCAUGAUAAUUUAUUCUUAUGGAUGGUUUCACCCUUUUUUCCAUUCCCAUUUCUUCCUUUGCUAAAUUAUAUGAAGGCUUGGAAAAUCAAAUGCUACUGUAUUUGUCAUAUCAGGAUAAAGACAUAACCGAAGCUGAAGAUGUUAAAUAUAAAAGAGUGAGUGAAUUUGCCACCUGAUCUUAGAGUGGUGUGGCCAGGCCCAUUGAUGGGGAGGCAAAGGAGGGAAUUGCACGUGGACCUGGCAAUUCAAAGGGUCUCAGGGUACCUAUCAAUGCUGCUGCUGCAGUAGCAGCAGAGUCAGUGGCCAGAGCACCGGAUCCCUUUAAAUCACCGCUGGAG